AUGCAGGUCGGUGUGUGUGACAGGGAUGAUCAGCUGUGCCAGUAUGAGGGCUGCACAGAGAUCGAUCUCCUACCUGCCCGGUGCUCCAACUGCGACAAGCGAUUCUGCACCCACCAUCUCUCCCACAGCGCACAUCACUGUCCGGCCGUGGCGGAUGUGCGGGUCGGGACGUGCCCCAUAUGCUAUCGCGUUGUACCGUUGGAGUACCCGCGCCAACGCAUGGAUGAGGCGGUGUCCCGGCACAUCGACCGGGGAUGUCGCGAUGUACCGCAGCACAGCUCAUUUUACGGCGGCGCCGCGGCGAAAGGUCGGCCCGGUCAGGCGAGCGGUCGCCGUUUGGGUGGCUCGGUCCGGCCGUGCAGCAUUCAAGAUUGUCACGAGGCCUCCGAGACGCGCGUGAAGUGUGACCAAUGCGGCCAGACAUUCUGCCUUCAGCACCGCGGACCUCUGCAGCACCACUGCCGCGCCGCCGCCGCCAUGCGCAGCACCGCCGCGUCCUCCCCUUCGGAGCGGGAUGCAGGGAUGCUGGUGCCUCUGCCGGGUGGCAAGGCGGCUUCCGUAGCAUGUCUGCUCACUCAUCCCGCCAACACUCCCGAAAAGGCGGUGGGCAAGGCGACAGAACUGCCCUCGGAUAUGGUGACAUGCCUCGUGUGCUUCAUCAUACCUACCUCUGUGUUCAAGAAGGACGGCAACACCGGCUGCGACGAGUUCGAGCCGGUGCCCUCGUUCUUCAUGUUCAUGCCCAAGAACACAGCACUAGGCCGUCUCCUGGACACGGCUGUGGAUCGUGCCGCCAUGAGCUCACCGGCCGUGCGCACCGGAAAACCCUGGAACUUGUUCGCUGUCACGCUGCCCAUCCACACCGAGGCCGAGGCAGCCUACUAUUCUCCUCUUCCACUCUCGACGGUGGUGAGAAAGAGUGCCGUCGGCAUGGCGGAGCGCACUAUUGUGUUUCUCUCGCCGCUCGAAGCCUUGCCCGAGAGCGUGAUUAAGGCGGUGAAGGACUUGGAUAGGAAGGGGGUGUGGGUGUCCACGUCGUCCUCCAGUCAAGGCUGUCAAGUGAUGUGA